AUGCCCGGCUGUACGAACACGCUGAUGCAUGCAGGAAGCUAUUGCGAUGAGCGAAACGAGCGAGCGAGGCGAGCAAGGGAGCGCGCGUACGGUGAUCCUCCGGUAGUACGUUUGCGGUUAGGCAGCUCGCUCGCCGCAGGUGACAUCAAAGAGGGCGAUGACGUUUACUUCGAAUGCCACGUACGAGCCAACCCACCAGCUAGAAAACUAUCAUGGCUCCACGAUGAUCGGCCUUUGGCACAUAACGCGACAGCGCGCGUGUUCCACAGUAACCAGAGCCUCGUGCUGCAGAAAGUGACGAGGCACAGUAGUGGACGGUACGCUUGCUCCGCUCUCAACGCGGAAGGCGAGACAGUCUCCAACGAGCUUCACUUCAGAGUCAAAUGUAAGUUAUAUGUUACUUUAAUAAGAUUGUUGGAAGGAGCUCGAUGAUGCAGCGGUUUUUUGACUCCAUGACUGCCAUACCGUUUUUAAACAACAUUCGCAAGAGUUGUUCAUAAGAUGAGUGACCAAAAAUAUAUUAUCUCGAGCUCAUCCGUGCUACGGAAGUAACUCUAUGCCGUUAGUCCCGGCUGCAUUUCCAAUCGUUAACACCUACCGAACCGAACCGCACAGGUUUCCGCGUGCGGACUGAAAAUAUCACAAGAAAAAAUCGAGGGAAAAUCGAAAUAGAAAAUAUAUAAUUCAAAACUUUGUAUUGAAGUAAACGCUUAA